GAGCGAGGAUUUCAGAGCCGCAUCAUCAUCACACAGCCAAAACCUCACAAACUCAACUAGGAUCACAAGAACACAGGGACGAGCUAGGAGCUUACAUGGAUCACACGCAUGAAUUGGUCUCUAUAUCUUUUCAGGAUGAAAACUUGGGGAAAGAUGCAGCAGUGCGCCUGAGCUCAGUGUGAAGCGCCCUGCUGAGAGCUUUGAUGAGCGCGCUGUUCGGAGAUCAGAUUACAAGGGUCUGUUUGAUCGCAGGCACGCUGGCUUUGAUCUGAACACGGAGCCCGUGUUGGAUCCGGCGCGGCACACACACACACACACACACACUGCGGAGGAAGAAAUGAGCGAGUGAAGAUACUGAAAGAUCCUCCCGGACUGCACUUGGUUUCUGUGAUCAAACUGAACUCUAUCACUUGUGGAGAACUUCAGCAUGACUCUGGCAUCGCGACUCGGCUGCUUUCCUCUUCUGAAGAUAACUGUCCUGCACUUAUUACUGGUUGCCAUAAUGGCAGAGGAAAGAAGAGCAUGUAGGGAGCAGGAGUACAAGGAUCAGUUCGGGAACUGCAUUGCCUGCAGGCAGUGUGAUGCCGGACAAGAACUAUCAAAGGAAUGUGGCUUCGGCUAUGGAGAGGAUGCCCAUUGUGUGCCCUGCAAAGCUAGCCGCUUCAAAGAGGACCAAAGUUCGCAGAAGUGUAAACCCUGCCUUGACUGUGCCGACCUCAACCGUUUCCAGAAAGCCAAUUGCUCCAGCACCAGCAAUGCUGUGUGUGGCGAAUGCCUGCCUGGGUUUUACAGGAAAACAAAGCUAAGUGGAUUUCAAGACAUGGAGUGUAUCCCAUGUGGGGAUCCACCACCGCCUUAUGAGCCACAUUGCGGUGGACGUGUGAAUCUGGUACCCCUCCCUUCCACAGCGACCAGCCCCAGAGACAUGGCACUGGCUGCUGUCAUCUGCAGCGCUCUGGCCACUGUCCUCCUGGCCCUGUUUGUUCUUUGCAUCAUUUACUGCAAGAGGCAGCUCCUGGAGAAAAAGCCUGCAUCACUCAGAUCUCAGGAUGGUUCCUUUAUUGGAGCUGAGCUGUCCUAUUUGGCUCGGCGACAAGUUCUGGACUUUUCCCAUCGGCCCUGCUGCUACUGUCAGAACAUCCCUGAGCGAACGUGUACAGGUCCUGUGCAUCUGCUUCCCUCUCUGUGCUGUGAAGACACAUGUGGCCAGAGACUUGGCCAAGACAGCAGUCCCUUUCAGUCACAAAGCAGUCUGAAUGAGCGACUUGCACAGCGGUCAGCGUGGAACAGCCAGUGUGAUUUAGAGCAAGAUUCCGAGCCACUUCCUGUGGAGUUCUCUGAGGAAUUACCCCUCAUGGAGAAUACUGUAGACAGGACUCACCUCAGGCCACAGCCCACAAAUAGCAGCAACUCUUCCUCUGAGGAAGACGAGGAGGAAAACGUGAAUGAGAAAGAGCAGCUUGGGUCAUCUUUGGGCUCCACGAUGCUCUCUUCAGAGCCUUUACAGGAUGGCAGCCGUUUGGCAGAAGAACAUCAGUCUACAGUGGAAGGAUGACCUGGCUUUAUCUAGCUCACGCUUAUCCCGAAGAACUGCUCUGGAUGUGAAAAGGAGGCACUGAGGAAGAUUCCAGCUCAGAUUAUACGAGGCCACACACAUGCACAUACACAUUCUGAAAGCCAGGUGAUGUGCUCCAUCUACCCAGCAGCCUGUGGCCCAUGGUUAUCCAGCCCAAAUCAGACCAGAUGCUGUACAUAAACAUGACCCAUUUAAAAAACAAACAAACAAACAAAAAAACCCCACAGACAGGAAAUAGACUGAGGAACCCAAACAACAAAAAUUUUCUUUCUGCAGUGUCACACUGAAUUGAAAGUGACCCGUAAAGACUGAUGAAGCAGAAUUGGAUAUAUUUUUGUUUUAUUUGCAAACAGGACUCUGAAACGAACAGAAGUAUAGAAAAAUGCAGACUUCUGCAACCUGCUGAAUGAAAACAUUUUCAAGAGCUAUGAAUAUGCAUUACUCUGUGUUACAAGUCGGAAAAUCUGUACAUGCAAGAUAUCACCAUGCCAUUUCCUUUUUUCUCCCCCUUGUAGAUACUGUAUUCUAGAAAAUAGAAGGAUAAUCUUUUUCUAAAUGUAGGUUUUCCACAUGGUCAGUCACUUUUUCAUAAUCAUGGUUAAUGAGCACUUACAUUUUUUUGUUGAACAUGAACUUUAUUGCUCUUCAUAUUUCUAAAUAAACAAGAUCACUGAA